AUGCCAAAGCCGCGCAGUUUCGCCAACGAAGGCUACAAGACCGUGGACGCCUCCACCGCCUUCGAGGAAGAGGCUCUGCCGCACUACACGCGCGAGGCGUUUUACCCGGCGCGCAAUGGCGACAUCAUCCACGGGCGGUACCAGCUGGGGGCCAAGAUGGGCUACGGCACAAGCUCGACUGUCUGGCUGGCCCAAGAUCUGCAGGACGGCACAUACUGGGCGAUGAAGAUCCAGGUCAACACAAUGCCAGAAGAGUAUCGCACGAGCGAGCUGGACGUGUACCGCCACUUGACGGUGCACGGGAGCCCAAACCACCCCGGCAAGCAGCACAUCUGCGAGCUUCGGGACGCGUUUGAGCUGCAAGGGCCGGAUGGAAGUGGAACACAUCAGGUGCUUGUCCUGACGGCUGCCGGCGUGACCCUGGGCGAGUACCGUUACCGGCCCGGCAACGUACUGUCGCCUCUUAUGGCACGGCUGGCUGUCAAGCAGGUCCUUUUGGCCAUCAACUACCUGCAUUCGGCCGACGUCAUCUAUACAGACCUCCAUGCCGACAACUUGCUGAUCGGCGUCAUGGACCAGGCUGUGUUUGACAAAAUUGCCAGCCUCGAAGCAAGAACGCCGUCGCGGAGAAAGUAUGUCGAUGGCACCGUGAUCCAUGCAAGUCUCGGUGUCGUAGACAGUAUCGGCCCUCUGGCGCUCUGCGACAUGGGGCAAGCGCGCAUUGGUCCUCGACACGAAGGAAUCGCCAUGCCGGCACCCUUUCGGGCCCCCGAGGUGAUUCUCGGCAUGCCGUGGGACAAGAAGAUCGAUAUGUGGAACGUGGGUGUUCUGGCGUGGAAUCUGGUGGAAGACGACAUUCUAUUUCAGCUAGAGGCCGAUGAAUCGCGGGAGCAGAGCAAUGCCCGCCACCUUGCCAACAUGGUGGCUCUCUUAGGGCCACCACCCAUCGAGUUUCUAAAUCGAAAGACGUCCGAAACAUCCAAGUAUUGGGACGAUCAAGGCAACUGGAUUGGGUCGCCAGCCGUGCCUGAGGGCGUGAGCUUCGAGACGCUGGCAAAGAAGCUGCAGGGCAACGAAAAGACUGCGUUUGUUGACUUUGUACGGUCCCUGCUUCGAUGGCUGCCAGAGGACCGCCCCUUGUCGGUCCAGGCAUUCUCUCAUCCUUGGGUGCAAGGCAAGAGCAAUGCAGACGAGAAAGAGAGCAACAGGUGA